GCUGCUCACUUCAAAUCCAAUAUUUGCAACCCUUAGUAAAUGUCAAAAGUAAAUAGAAAAUAAGGGAAUAAAUUAAUUAUUUUACAAUUUCCAAUUAUCUAAAACCUGCAAAUUAAACUUAAACAUAUGUAUAUUUCGUGAAUAUUAGUCAUUAUUUUGAAGAUAAUACAGUGAAAUGUUAUACAGCAAAAGGAAAAUGAGCGAAUUGUCGCGGAUUUUCUUAAUUUAAAUAUGCACAAAUUGCACAUAAUUACACCUUUUCGUAGUGUUUGUUAUUCGCUUACAAAAUUUUUUAUCUUCUGUAUUAUUUAGUGUUCUUAUAAAGUGUUUAAACCUUUUGAAGUUCGGAUUUUCCUCUCGGGGCGUAACCUUCGUGUUCUAAAGUUAUACCUUUUUUGAAAAUGAUAUUUUAUCACUUUUACUAAAAAUAGUUGUUUGUAUUAUUGCUUAAAAUGGCCGAGGACGAAGUUUUAUUCGACGACGUUUAUGAACUCUGUGAAAUCAUUGGCAAGGGUCCAUUCAGCCUUGUAAGACGGUGUGUACAUCGUCAGACGGGACAGCAGUUUGCCGUGAAGAUUGUUGAUGUAGCUCGCUUCACCGCAAGCCCGGGUCUCAGUACAGCAGAUCUGAAACGUGAGGCUACAAUAUGUCAUAUGUUGAAGCAUCCUCAUAUAGUGGAAUUAUUGGAGACAUACAGUUCAGAGGGAAUGCUGUACAUGGUGUUUGAAUAUAUGGAUGGAUCUGAUCUCUGUUUCGAAGUUGUGCGUAGAGCGACUGCAGGGUUCGUCUACAGUGAAGCUGUGGCAUGCCACUACAUGCGUCAGAUUCUGGAAGCAUUGCGAUAUUGUCACGAGAAUGACAUCGUGCACCGCGAUGUGCGGCCGCACUGCGUACUGCUCGCUGGGCGGGACAACUCGUUAUUAUCACGUUGUUGA